AUGCCUCGCGCUCCAGGUUCGAGUAAGCGACAGCAAGGUGCCGCCAACCAUCGCGACAAUCGCCAUGAGAAUGGGCUUGUAGGUCCUGCAAAGCGUUCCAACGACAAGAAGGGCUCAGGGCAGCUCGAUAGCCCUGCCCGACGAUCUGACCAAGGUGCCUCCGGAGCCCCUGGACAGUCAACACCUGUCAAUGGUCAUGCCAACAGCCCGUACAAGCAGAGUGUCUAUGAUGCAUCCAACGACUCCCGAACCGACGACAACCGCCGCUCCUCCCUCGACGCUGUCUCCGAGAUGUCUUCCGAUUCAAGCAACACCAACGGCCUUAGUGGUGUCGACGCUGGCCAUCGCCAGAUCGACGUCAAUGCCAUGAAGAACGCUGAUGUCCACCGCGACUCGGGACCAUUCGACCUCGCAACUACUGUUCUCAAGUCGCUCCCUAUUCAGGACACGCUCGCUAUUCUUAUUAUCCUGAUGCAUGUUCCAUCGCUCUCGCUUACCGUUAUAUAUACCAUCUUUACGUUCCUUACCUUUGUUCCUCCCGUCACCACCAGUUCAGGCAUGAACAUCAACCUUGCCGAGAUUUUUGACGGCAACUCUACAAUGCCCUCUCUUGUGACAGUUUUAUGCGUCGAUUUUUUCUUCCUUCUGAUAUGGCUCUUUCUGUGGGGUCCAAUCCAAGACGCUAUCUUGGACUUUGCCAAGCCAGUUAUUGCUAUCACUUUAGGAGGGGGAACGAGUGCAAGAGAUGGAACCUCCAGGGGACUUACCACCUGCUUCACAUGGGUGAUAGGCCACCAUUUGCUCCGGGGGACCAAGGCCCAUUGGGGUCGUGUGGCUCGACACAUACCGGAGCACUGGCGGCUACCCCAUGUUUUCAGCAAUUCACUUGAUUCUGCUUCCAGCGCAUACGAUAAAAUGAGUGCCUACGGUUGGGUCCGAAGUGUUCUAGCUAUACACAUUCUGACUCAAGGCAUCGUACGAUACAUCCGAGAAUGGUAUCUGAGGCGUGAAAAAGCCAACGCUUCCGUUGGCGCCAGCGACCCGGAGGCCGGAAAACCACCAAGCGUGGCUGGAGACACGGCCAAUGAAGGAGGAUUCGCAACGCCUGAUACUGAAACAGGAUUAUCGUCCACGUCUACGGUACCCACAAGCAAAAAAAGAAGAAAGCAAAGCACUCAAGUUCGUCUUCAGCAGCCCUUAUGGGCGGCAUUAGCAAGCACCAAAAUUGUGGUUGUGAAGGAGUAUGAGCUGUCCCAUGCAGCUUCAGAGUCAGCAGGGACUAAUGCUACCGAUAUUCACAAUCUUGGCAAUGCUCCGUUCAACAAUCAGCCCAACCAAAUUUGGAUUUCCUACAUUGGCAGCGACGAAGUAUGCUUUAACACUAGCUAUUUCCCCGAAAUCGACGACGACGAGACCCGCUCGGUUGAAUCAUCGGGCGAAGAUUCGAGACCAGCCAAUAUCGAUACCUCGAAGCCAUUCUAUGUCAGAGUUAACAACGCUGUUUGGCAACCUACACGCAUGUUCCCAAUCGACGAGUCUCCCGAAGAGUCUCAAGGAGGCGUGAGAUGGACGGGCGAUAUCUACGGACUCAGGCCUGCGUCUAAAUAUGUCUGUGAAUUUGUUGACAGCCAAACUGACGAGGUUCUGUUCUCAACCAGUAUCAGAACCGUUCAAGCCACUCAGCGAGAGGCAGAUGGCGUUCCGCCACCUGUUGCCAACGGCCAACGAUCUCUUCACCCGGACUCCCCUGCCACGACUUUACGAACAUCGAUUGCCGCAGUUGAAGCCAAACUUAGCGAAGAAAAGCUCCGUCUCAAGAAUCUGCGAAAGGAAUACAAGAACCGCGCCAACACCCUGCGAAAGGACAAUGAGGCAACGGACAAUCAGCUCUCCUCGGCCGGAAACCAUGACGAAAAGUAUCGGCAGAAGAUUCGUCAGCAAGAAACCCAGAAAGCCCAAGCAGAGCGUGACACCCAGCAGCUUACUGAGCAACUGAAGAACUUUGAUACUGCUCCUGAACUUGCCGAACGCAAGAAGAAGGUUGAGAAGCAGUACAGUAGCGAGAAGAAAGUUUUUGAGACAGCACAGAAGGCCUUCAAGGAAUACAAAGCUGGACUGGAGAAGGAGAUCAAAGCCAAGGAAGUCGAGAAGUCGAAUCUUAAUACUCGUCGAAACAAGGUCGCCACACGUAUUGCCAAGGUUGAGAACGAGCUUGCCAACAUCGCCGAUGCAAACAACCGUGGCCUGGACGAGGCGGAGCGACGCAAUCAGGAGCGUUCUCACUGGCAGGGCCAUGUCGCUGGUAUCGAAGCUAACUACAACGAGCGACUGGCUCAUGUUCGUGCCAAUAAUGCUGGUAAGAGCGAAGAGAUUCGACACCUGCAAAUGCAGUUGCAGAGCAUGCACGAUUUUAUGAGCUCAGGCAAUGGCAUGCCCUACGAUAUGAUGCCUCCUCUCGACGCGGGUCACCCGCACCUUGGCCCACCUUUCCAGCCUACGACUUCGAGUACUUGGAAUCCUGAUCCCACGGCUCCUCCUCACUACCCAACUGGACACUGGACCGCUUCAGACAACAUGCUCCCAUCGGUUUCUGCUCCUACGCUCCCUUCUCUGUCCCCGUGGCAGCCUCCCCCAACCGCCCCACCGUUCGAGCCCCGUAUGACUCGUUCUCGAGGACGCAGCUCAAGCAUGCUUAGUAACAUCAGCGGCUUCACGCAGUCGAGCGGCGAAGAGUACGCAUCUCCGCCUAUGGACUCCCACCGAGUCAAGCACAUCUGGGCGAGUCGCACCAAGGCCAGCGGUGGUGGUAGCAGCGGCAGCGGCAGCAAUGGUGAUCCGACAAGCCCCAGAUGA